AUGGAGCAUGUUAAAGCCUUACAAGUCAAUAUGCCAUUCGUGGACACAAUGCUCCAAACUCCCAAAUACUUUAACUUGCUUAAGGGUUUGUUUGCUGCCAGGAAAGAUCUUGCUGAAGUCGCGGAGAAAUUGAUGAGUGAGCUACCUGAGAAGAAGGGUGAUCCGGGUAAUAUAGUAAUCCCGUGCCAAUUUGGCAAUGAUGUUUCCACACGAGCUUUGGCUGAUUCAGGGGCAAGCAUUAAUUUGAUGCCCUAUUCAUUCUUUAAGAAGCUAAAUUUACCAGCGCCAAAGCCGACUACUUUGACAUUAAGAGUGGGUGAUGAGUCGGUGAUGUUUAAAGCAAAUCCAGAGAUCAAGCAAGAAGAAGAAAAGCGAGAAGAAAUCUCAUUUAUCCAAUUAGAUGAUGAGGUAUUGCAAAAAGAGCUUGAUAUUUUAUUAAAAGAAGACCCAAUUACUGUGAGUGGUUCUUUGGAAGAACAAUCUGCAGAAAAAGUAAAAGGAAUGGAGGUCCAACACGCCAACGUGGCAUGCCUUGAUAUGAUGCCAUUUGGAAAAGAGUCGAGCACAAAAGAGAAUGAAGCCAUAAAUGGAAGCGGAGCGGAAGCUGAUCACCAAUUCACCACUAAACCUAAAGCACGGACCAUCAUGAAAUAUGAAGUCAUUAAAUUUAAAGAGAAGGAUAAAUCAUGUUCAGAAGAGGACAAUCUUCAACUGGUAGCCAAGGGGAGUUUCCAUGGUUAA